AAAUAAUUUGAGAAGCUUUUAGAUGCUUUUAGGUUAGGACUCAAUGUCUUAAAUUGCGUUUUAGGAUUGAGAAGCUCAAUUAUUGAUUUUUAAUUUUUUAACAAUGGAUGAAAGCAACUCUGAAACAACUGUUUCUAUGACCUUCAAGCACCAGGCCUCCAGAACACCCUGACCUUUACCGUUCCAAAUUUGAGCACUGUCCUCUCCUUUUCUGGAAGAUUUGCCUUGCUGCCUUAAACUAUGGACAUCAUUGGAUUUGUGAAGUCUCAAUUCAUUUGUCAUCUUAUUAUCAGUUAUGUAUUUAUAGUGUCAGGACUGAUAAUCAACUUCAUUCAACUCUUCACGCUAAUUCUCUGGCCAUUCAACAAGCAACUUUUCAGAAAAAUCAACUGCAAGCUGUCAUAUUCUCUUUCAAGCCAGUUGGUGAUGUUGCUGGAAUGGUGGUCAGGCACUACUUGUACCCUCCAUUUGGAACAACAACCAAAGCCCAAGUUUGGGAAUGAGAGUGCCAUCGUCAUCCUUAAUCACAACUUUGAAAUCGACUUUGUCUGUGGUUGGAGCUGUUGUGAAAAAUUUGGGGUUCUGGGGAGUUCCAAAGUCUUUGCCAAGAAAGAACUUUCCUACAUGCCGAUCAUUGGCUGGAUGUGGUACUUCCUAGAGAUGGUGUUCUGCAAGCGAAAAUGGGAGGAGGAUCGAAAAACUAUCAUGCGCAGCCUGCUCAAUCUCCGAGAUUAUCCUGAACACUUCUGGUUUUUGAUUCAUUGUGAAGGCACAAGAUUUACUGAGCAAAAACAUGAAAUCAGCAUGCAAGUGGCCGAAGCUAAAGGCUUGCCGAAGCUCAAACAUCACCUCCUCCCAAGAACCAAAGGAUUUGCAAUCACUGUCCAGUGUUUGAGAAAUGUAGUUUCAGCUGUAUAUGAUUCUACACUAAACUUCAGAAAUAAUGAAAAUCCAACACUGCUUGGAAUUUUACAUGGGAAGAAAUACCAUGCAGAUUUAUACGUAAGGCGGAUUCCAUUAGAGGAGGUUCCAGAAGGUGACCAGGAGUGUUCUGAUUGGCUUUACAAACUCUAUCAAGAAAAGGAUACCUUCCAAGAAGAAUACUACAGGACAGAAAGCUAUCCAGGGAUCCCAGUUGUGCUUCCUCGGCGGCCAUGGCCUCUUUUGAAUUGGCUUUUCUGGGCCUUGUUGCUGCUCUAUCCUUUAUUCAAGCUGCUCAUCAACAUGAUUAGCAGUGGCUCAUACCUGACACUUGCCACUGUAGCUUCUGUCUUGAUUGCAGUUUCAGUUGGUGUUCGAUGGAUGAUAGGAGUAACAGAAAUUAACAAAGGCUCAACUUACGGCAACCAUGGACACAAGAAGCAAAAGUGAAAUCUCCAGAGACUGCUUCAUACCCAAAGGGAACAAGCUUGUGAACUGCUGUGCACAUCUGUCUUCAAUCAUAAAGACCAGGAAUCUGUAGAGAGAGCUCAUGCCUUCACUGAAGUCACGUCUCUUCUCUAUCCAUCUUCCUCCCCUGCUCCAGCUGGCAACAAGAGUCAAUAUUCUGCAGUUUAUUUUAUUUUUUUCUAUACUUCAUUUUUAUUCAGAUCUUCCAGAGAAACAAUUCUUUUUUUUUUUAAUUAAGGAAGAGAAAAUAUGCAGACAUAGUACAGGAAGGAAGCAAAUGAAUGAAUUAAUAUUCUUUUUUUUUCUGAAUAAAUCUUUAAUGGAUUAAAAUAUGAAAUAAAAUUUACUUUCCUAUAAGAUGACCAAAAUGAGUAUUUUAUAUAUUUAACUAAGAAAGUAAGAACUAUUUUACCUUUUUCUUUCUAGUCUGGUGGCCUGUUUCCCAAUUGUGUCCAAUAAGCUGCCUCUGGAAAGCCCAGAGGCUUGUUAUGAAAUCUGUAUUCCAAAUGCAUUUUAAUUUGUUUAGUUUCACUUCAAAUCUCUUUUACUUUUGUGGAAGUAAUUGUUUUAACCAAUGAGUGAUUCUCAAGUAGUACUUUAACUGAGCUACUUAGCACUAUCCAAAUAUUUAUCCUCUGGCCAGCCUGAUAAAAAUAAGACAACUUUCCUCCUAACAUUUGUUUUCAGUUUGGCAAGACACUUGUAUUACCAGUUUGUUUUCAAUUCACUUCAGAUGGUGAAGUGAAUGUAUUUCUCUUUUAUUCAGCAAUCCCACUUUUUUAUUUGUACUUGUUAAUUCCUUUGCAGACUUGGCUCCAAGAAUUCAUUCUCAAAUUAUAUUCGGAAAGGUUUAACAUUUCCAGUCAUAAUUACAUAUCCUAAAGAAAUCUAUUUCUUGCGUUUUUCUACUGUAUUACUUUUUACAAUUUUCCUUUUUUUUUGCUUUUUGUUCUUUAAUCAUUAUGAACCUAUAAGAGACUGCCUCUUUAAUCCCAAGUUUUUAGUGAAGGUAAAAGCUGUUUGAAAGUCCAUUUAUAGAAAUAUCCAGCACAAUGCAGUUAUUCAUACAUCAUCUUUCCCAAGGAACUCAAAGCAUUAGUGAGAGAAGUUAGUUCUAUAGAAACUCUUAGUCACUAAAAUUUAUUUUCUAUAUGCACAUUACCUUCAAUACUACUUUCCAAAUUAGACAGUAAAGUAUAUAGCCUGUCUUUUCUAAAAUCAUAUUUCAAUGUUAAAUACAGGUGUUACAUUGGCUAUAUUCCUAGUAUAUAGAUAUUGGUCAUGAAAAUUAUUUAUAUUAGAAUACUAACAAUAUUUAUUUCAGCUUGGAUAGUACUCUGGCCCCUUUGAUAUAUAGAUCUGCACUGCUGCUAUUAUGUCUCCUUGUGGAGUUUAUCAU